UCACGAGCGACAACCCUACCUCAAUCCAUUAUUUUUCUGUAUUGGGUUUCCCUCCAAACUCGCGCAGUGGACCUCGCGACUCAACAAUGGCUUCCACUUCUGCGAAGAAGCAGAAAAAGAGAGAAAAGUACAGUCUUGAAGAACUGAAAACCCUAGGCCAUCAACUCCUAUCUUCAAGAGCUCAUAUCAAUAACCUUCCUCUCCUUCUCUCCGUCAUCUCUUCUUCUUCUCGUCCUCAAAACGUCCUUGAGGCUCUCCUUUCUGUGCAAUCUUUCUUCAUUCCCGUUCUUCCUGAACUCCCUCCUUCUGCGAAAUCUCUCAUAGAUGGUAACGUCGAGGAGUCUAAGAAGGAUCCGGAAUUGAUUUACAGAACAUGGCUUCGCUCAAAGUUUGAUGAGUUUGUUAAACUACUCAUCACCGUCGUUGUUUCUUCACAGUGUGAAGAAGCUCUCAGAGAUAUUGCAUUAGACGCAGUAAUGGAAUUCGUGAGGUUAGGUAAAGGAGGGAGGUUCCAGUCGGUUAUAUACCAGAAACUUAUUCAUACUAUCGUUCACUCAACAUUGCCAGAUGAUUUAUUAUUAAACCUUCUCCCUUCGAAGUUUUUCAAGUUCAUAGACGUUCGUUAUUUUACCUGCAUUAGCCUGGAAAAAAUUGUUAGAAGCUUGGAAACAGUGGAUACUACUAAUGAUGACAGAAAUGUGUCUUUGCGUGACAAUGGGGGUGAUAUCUCUAAAUCAGGCAACAUAGAACUUUCUAUUCGCAAGAUAUAUUACAUUCUGGCACAAAUCCCUCCUCUAGAAGGUCAAGAUGGAAAGUCUGAUUAUGAGAUGUGGAGUCAGUUAGGGUUCUCAUCAAAAGAAGAGGAUAGGCAACCGAAAUCAAAGAAGACUAAUAAUGGUGUCUUGUCUACAUCCUCCAUCACCAAAAAGAUGAAGUUAAAGUUCACUAAAGCAUGGAUGUCAUUUCUUAGGUUACCGCUACCUGUUGAUGUGUACAAGGAGGUUCUUGUUACUCUCCAUCAGGCAGUUAUUCCUCAUCUGUCAAAUCCUGUCAUGUUAUGUGACUUCUUAACAAGAUCAUAUGACAUUGGUGGUGGUGUUAGUGUCAUGGCUCUUAGCAGCCUGUACAUUCUUAUGACACAGCAUGGUUUAGAGUAUCCCAACUUCUAUCAAAAGCUUUAUGCGUUACUUUUGCCUUCUAUCUUUAUGGCAAAACAUCGGGCGAAGUUUUUUGAGCUUCUUGAUGCUUGUUUGAAAUCUCCACUUCUUCCAGCAUAUCUGGCUGCUGCAUUUGCUAAGAAAUUGAGCAGAUUGGCACUUUUGGUCCCUCCUUCAGGAGCACUAGUUAUUAUUGCUCUAAUACACAACCUCCUAAGGAGGCACCCUUCAAUUAACUGUUUGGUUCAUUGGCUAGAAGGUGAUGAAAAUGAUAGAGAAGUUUCAAGUGAAGCUGGUGAUUUUGGUAAGAGCAAGGAUGGCAUUGGCCAUGAUGCGUCCUGCAAAAGGCCAGGAGUUGACCCUUUUAAUAUUGAGGAGAAUGACCCUGCAAAAUCUAAUGCCAUGAAAAGUUCUUUAUGGGAAAUCGACACACUCCGCCACCAUUACUGCCCAGCUGUUUCAAGAUUUGUCCUUUCACUUGAGACUGACCUGACUGUUAGAGCCAAGACCACUGAAGUUGCUGUGAAGGAUUUCAGUUCUGGUUCAUAUGCCACAAUAUUCAGAUCGGAGAUUGGACGCAGGGUGAAACAGGUCCCUCUUGCAUUUUACAAAGCAACUCCAACCUCCCUGUUUUCAGAAUCUGAAUUUGCAGGCUGGACUUUCAAAGAUAGUGAGAAACGGGAAAAGGAGAAUGAUGACAAUCCAAUACUAAAUACGCCAUCGGAAGGUAACAAGUCUGCAAAGAGACCACGAACUGAGUGCUGAACCAGCAUAGAAUUUUUGCUUCUAAAGCGAUUUUUGGCCUCUUCAUCUGCAGUAUAUUUACCUUAACCUAAUAGCGGAAGUAAUAUUCUCCAAUCAAUUCUCUUCUCUCUCUCUCUGUUCAAUUAUUUGAUCAAUAUGUUGUAAAGCUUGUUGAGAAUAUUUUGAUUGAUUUUAAUGAUUUUUUUUUUACUUUUUCUCUCGCCUCGUUAAUAGGCUUUUUAUGCUGUUGAGGCAUAUUUUAGAUGGUUGCCCACCUACACUAAGGCUAUUGAAUUCUUAAUUGUAUUGAUGGUAUUGGCUAUUGGGUUUGAGGAUGCCAUCGCCCAUGAGAAAUUUGUAAAACAAUUCCAUUCGUGACAA